AUGACAGCACACCAAAAUGGCACCAUCUCCAUUGAGGUUUCAGACUUCCUCCUGAAUUGUUUUGUCAGGUCCUCCAGCUGGAAGUUCUGGUUGACCCUGCCCCUCAGCAUCCUCUUCCUCCUGGCCAUGGGAGCCAAUAGUAUUCUCCUGAUCACCAUCCGAAUGGAGACCUCUCUGCAUGAGCCCAUGUACUACCUGCUCAGCCUCCUCUCUCUGCUGGACAUUGUUGUUUGCCUCACCGUCAUUCCCAGAAAUGGUAUUUUAACAGUGCCUAUCCCCAUUCUAUCAUCCCAACUCAAUUAUUGUGGGGGAAAUAUUGAGAACUGUAUCUGUGCCAAUAUGUCUGUCUCCAGGCUCUCCUGUGAUGAUGUCACCAUCAAUCGCCUCUACCAGUUUGCUGUAGGCUGGACACUGCUAGGAUCUGAUCUCAUCCUCAUCUUCGGUGCUGUGGCCAAGGCCCUGAGCACAUGUGGCUCCCACUUCAUCCUUAUCCUCUUCUUCAGCACCAUCCUUCUGGUCUUUGUGCUCACUCAUGUGGUGAAGAAGAAGGUCUCCCCUGAUGUGCCAGUCUUGCUCAAUGUUCUCCACCAUGUCAUCCCUGCAGCCCUCAACCCCAUUGUUUAUGGAGUGCGAACUCAGGAGAUCAAGCAAGGAAUCCAGAGAUUACUGAAUAGGGGGUGGUAG